CGAAUCGCCAAAACACUAUAUCUGAAUACGAUUCACAACAACAAAUACACGCCGGCCUUUGCGCGCGGCCCAUAGAUUAACUUGUCCCGGGCCGUGUGUUGUGCUCGACCGUCCAACGCCGUCGCCAUCAUGUCCGUCGCAUCGUACGCCGUGGUAACGUUGAUCGCCUUCGCGAUCGUUUUCAACACAAAUACCGUGAAGGCUGAUAAUGACAUAAAAUGUUAUGUGUGCAAUAGUCAUAAUGAUACGGACUGUGCUCAAGAAAAACUUCCUGAUCAUUUCAAAACUGAUUGUUCAAAGUUAAACUUAGGUAUUUCCGAGGAAAGUCGCAAAAAUUAUACUCUUUGUAGAAAGAUUAUACAAACAAUCGAGCCGGAGGUCAACGGAUGUAAGUAA